AUGGCAGUUAUUAUUGUAUCCAACUCUUUAGCCAAGUUUGGAAUGCCAUAUAAUUUAAAGCAUAAUGUAUCAUCAAUUAGAGAAGCUAAAUCAGAUAUCAAUCAAAAUGUUCCAUUGCGAGAUUAA